GGGGGUGGGACAAAAAGGCCGGUUGCUCCGGAAGUGGAGGGAGGGGGUGAAAAUGGCGCCCAGCUCGAAAUCGGAGCGGAACAGCGGGGCCGGGAGCGGCGGCGGCGGCCCCGGGGGCGCCGGGGGGAAGCGGGCAGCAGGGCGGCGGCGGGAGCACGUCCUCAAGCAGCUGGAGCGGGUCAAGAUCAGUGGGCAGCUCUCCCCUCGCCUCUUCCGGAAGCUGCCGCCCAGGGUCUGCGUCUCCCUCAAGAACAUUGUGGAUGAGGACUUUCUCUACGCAGGACACAUCUUCCUGGGCUUUUCCAAGUGCGGCCGUUAUGUUCUUUCAUAUACCAGCAGCAGUGGGGAUGAUGACUUCUCCUUCUACAUCUAUCAUCUGUACUGGUGGGAGUUCAACGUCCACAGCAAGCUCAAGCUGGUCCGGCAGGUGCGGCUCUUCCAGGAUGAGGAGAUCUAUAGCGACCUGUACCUGACCGUGUGCGAGUGGCCCAGUGACGCCUCCAAGGUCAUCGUCUUUGGGUUCAACACCCGCUCAGCCAACGGGAUGCUCAUGAACAUGAUGAUGAUGAGUGACGAGAACCACAGAGACAUCUACAUCAGCACCGUGGCAGUACCACCGCCAGGCCGCUGUGCCGCCUGCCGGGAAGCCAGCCGGGCCCAUCCAGGCGACCCGAGCGCACAGUGCCUGCGGCACGGCUUCAUACUGCACACGAAGUACCAGGUGGUCUACCCCUUCCCCACCUUCCAGCCCGCCUUCCAGCUCAAGAAGGACCAGGUGGUGCUGCUCAACACCAGCUACUCCCUGGUGGCCUGCGCUGUCUCCGUCCACUCGGCAGGCGAGAGCAGCUUCUGCCAAAUUCUGUAUGACCACACCGCCUCCCCUCCAGCACCCCCGAGCCCCCCUGGGCCCCAGAGCCCUGAGGUGCCCCCUGCCCUCCCCAGCCCCUGCCCUGAAGCAGCUCCCACCCGGCCCCCUGGGGCCCCCGAGCCCUCACCUGCCAUCGCCAAAGCCAAGGAGUUUGUGGCCGACAUCUUCCGCAGGGCCAGAGAGGCCAAGGGGGGCACCUUGGAGGAAGCCCGGCCACCCCCUUGCCCAGGGCCCUCGGGCAGCCGCUGUCGUCUGCCCUCAGAGCCCCUGGCCCCAGGUGGGGAGGUGGCACCCCGAGAUAGCCCCCCAGCGGCGGAAGCACCGGCCCCAGAGCCGGGCUAUGUCAACUACACCAAGCUGUAUUAUGUGCUGGGGUCCAGCGAAGGGACAGAACCGGAGGAUGAGUUCGAGGAUGACAAGAUCUCCUUGCCCUUUGUGGUGACUGAUCUCCGGGGCCGCAACCUGCGGCCCAUGCGGGAGCGGGCUGCCGUCCAGGGUCAGUAUCUGACGGUGGAGCAGCUCACACUGGACUUUGAAUACGUCAUCAAUGAGGUCAUCCGCCAUGACGCCACUUGGGCCCACCAGUUUUGUUCCUUCAGCGACUAUGACAUUGUCAUCCUGGAGGUCUGCCCGGAAACCAAUCAAGUCCUCAUCAACAUUGGCCUGCUGCUCCUGGCAUUCCCGUCCCCAACUGAGGAGGGCCAGCUCCGACCAAAGACCUAUCACACCAGCCUCAAGGUGGCAUGGGACCUCAACACAGGCAUCUUCGUGACAGUCAGUGUAGGCGACCUCACUGAGGUCAAAGGGCAGACCAGCGGCAGUGUCUGGAGCUCGUACCGCAAGAGCUGCGUGGACAUGGUCAUGAAGUGGCUGGUGCCUGAGAGCAGCGGCCGCUAUGUCAACAGGAUGACCAACGAGGCGCUGCACAAAGGGUGCUCGCUGAAGGUUCUGGCAGACAGUGAGCGAUACACGUGGAUUGUGCUGUGAGGGCCCGGCCGCUCUGGACACUGACUCCAACUACCUCCGCGGCCUGGGAGCCGGUUGCCUUCCUGGCAGCCUCUCCCCGGCUGGCCGGCCGACCGACCGACCGAUGACCGACCGACCGACGGACCAGCGCUCGUGUUAGGCUGCGGGGAAGGGAGCUGGGCGGGGCAGCCCCUGGUGGCCUGAGAGUCUGGACGCUUCUUAUUUAUGCCUAUUUAAGUUGGGAAGGGGCAGAGGGAGGGAGCCCCCUGACCCACCAGCCUCAAGCGCCCACCUUCACCCCGCACUGGGCACAGGCCCUUGCUCUCUGCGCAUCUGCCCCUUUCCUUGGCUACAGGUGUGGACUUUGCCCCCCAGGGAGGCCGAAUGGACCCCCCCUUCCCCUGCCUCAGCCUCCCCCCUACUUGUGGCGGCAGACCUUGUGGCCAUCCCCUCCCUCUGCCCCUCGUUCCUCUUCAUGUAAUAAAUGUUUUAUUUCUGAA